AUUUAUAGAUGCUGACAUUUAAUUAGAGGGAGCACUUUAUUGGAAUUAUGAUGGAGUACAUAGAGGAUAAGUUCGCCUUGAAAAGCCAGGCGAUGAAGGCCAGCGAGUACUACAUGGACCAAGUCAUGGAGAGCUUGGACAGCGCGCAGUACUUCAACAAGCCGUCCCCGAAGUGCGCGCAGGCCUUCGGACUGCAGGGCGCCGAGCACCGCUCAUCGCCCUGCGGAGAUCAGAGCGCCAGUUACGGCGUACCGAAAACGGACGAGGACUCCCUGCGCUCGGAUCUCUCGAGGUCCAUCGACAGCUGCUGCUCCCUGCGGGCGUCUCCGGUCACGAGCGGCCCGGAAAAGACCGAGCUGGAAGACGUGGGGGACAAGUGCGACAGCAACGUGUCCAGCAGCAAGAAGAGGAGGCACCGGACCACCUUCACGAGCGCGCAGCUGGAGGAGCUGGAGAAGGUGUUCCAGAAAACCCACUAUCCAGAUGUUUAUGUGCGGGAGCAGCUGGCCAUGAGGACGGAGCUAACGGAGGCCAGGGUACAGGUUUGGUUCCAGAACAGAAGGGCGAAGUGGAGGAAAAGGGAGCGCUAUGGACAGAUCCAACAGGCCAAGAGUCACUUCGCAGCCACAUACGAUCUAUCGGUGUUACCUCGGUCCGACAGCUACACACAGAUCCCCAACAACCUGUGGCCGAGUGCGGCCCCCGGUGGCUCCAUGGUGUCCUCCUGCAUGCUGCCCCGGGGAUCCCCUCCGUGCGUCACCUCCUACUCCCACUCCCCCCGCGCCGCCGCCGCCGCCUCUGCUGCCUCCGCUGCCGACCACGGCUACGUGGGCUUCGCCGGCCAGCAGAACCAGUUCGGACACGUCUCCCUCAACAACUUCUUCGGCGCCGACUCCAUCCUCACGCCGGCCGCCAACGGCCACCCUGCCUUCGAGGCCAAGCCCGAGUUCGAGAGGCGCUCGUCCAGCAUCGCCGUGCUGCGCAUGAAGGCCAAGGAGCACGCGGCCAACAUCUCCUGGGCCAUGUGAACCCGGUUCUGAAAGAGGGUCUGAAACCGGAACGCCUGCUGAGGCAGGGUACGGACUGUUUCUGGAGUUUCCAGCUUCCCGAAGAACACAGGUAGGUAGAGGUGGAAAAUACACCUUAACUCAUGGGUCCAUACGACUUUGGGAGAAACUUCAGCUCAAGUUUGACUGAAGAGGAAAUGGCAUCGAGGAAAGUUGUAGCAAACGACAGAAAGACGGUUUAAAGGGGUAGUAUUAUGUAACAUUGACUUUUUUUGAGCUUUACAUUGUGUUAUAAUGACAUACCUGGAGU